AUGGCCACUCCUAAGCGGUUUCCGACGCUCGUACAGCUGGAACAGAGAGAAGGGACGCUAUUCGAGGUGCUCGGUAACCUCACCAAGCGACCCUAUUGGUUCCACUCAGAGUACCUGAAGAGUCCGAAGGCUGUUCACCUCGAGGCGUGGCUGGUGGAGGCGAUCUUCGGUCGGGGAGGAGAGCACAUACCACACGUCGAGUGUGUGUCACAGACCCUGCUUCACGUUAAUCAUUGGGACCCCGAGGGCGAGGCUGAGAUCUUGAUAUUUGGUCGGCCCUAUUACCAGAAAGAUGUAUCCAAGAUGAUCAUGAAUUUGGCUGACUAUCAUCGCCAACUCCGGGCACAAAGCUCAGAGAAGGCCCCUGCCCAGGAUGUAGGGACGCAGCGGUCCCCCGACGCUGUCCCGGAGGCGGAGACCCAGAGCUCUCCAAAGUCUGUCCGGGAGGCGGCGACCCAGCGGUCCGACGACGCAGCUCCGCAGGUGGCGAGCCAGAGCUCUCCGAAGUCUGUUCAAGAGGCGGCGACCCAGAGAUCCCCCCACGCUGCCCGAGAGGUGGCGACCCAGAGCUCUCCGAAGGCUGUCCGGGAGGCGGCGACCCAGCAGGACCCCAAUGCUGUCCGGGAAGCGGCGACCCAGCAGGACCCCAAUGCUGCCCAGGAGGUGGCAACCCAGAGCUCUCCGAAGGCUGUCCGAGAGGCGGCGACCCAGCAGGACCCCGGCGCUGUCCGGGAGGCGGCGACCCAGCAGGACCCCGGCGCUGUCCGCGAGGCGGCGACCCAGCGUUCCCCCGGCGCUGUCCGCGAGGCGGCGACCCAACAGGACCCCGGCGCUGUCCGCGAGGCGGCGACCCAGCAGGACCCCGGCGCUGUCCGCGAGGUAGCGACCCAGCGUUCCCCCGGCGCUGUCCGCGAGGCGGCGACCCAGCAGGACCCCGGCGCUGUCCGCGAGGUAGCGACCCAGCGUUCCCCCGGCGCUGUCCGCGAGGCGGCGACCCAGCAGGACCCCGGCGCUGUCCGCGAGGUAGCGACCCAGCGUUCCCCCGGCGCUGUCCGCGAGGCGGCGACCCAGCAGGACCCCAGCGCUGUCCGGGAGGCGGCGACCCAGCGUUCCCCCGGCGCUGUCCGGGAGGCGGCGACCCAGCAGGACCCCGGCGCUGUCCGGGAGGCGGCGACCCAGCAGGACCCCGGCGCUGUCCGGGAGGCGGCGACCCAGCAGGACCCCGGCGCUGUCCGCGAGGCGGCGACCCAGCAGGACCCCGGCGCUGUCCGCGAGGCGGCGACCCAGCAGGACCCCGGCGCGGUCGGCGAGGCGGCAACCCAGCGCUCCCUGGAUGCUACCUAG